CAGUUCAUGAUUGAUGCGGCUAACCCCACCCAGAUCUCUUCAUCCUGCGUCCAGCUCCUGUCACUCCUCUCCGCAGAGCAGCUUGCCUCGGCAUCCGUCCUGAUCCUGUUCAAUAAGAUUGACCUGCCCUGCUACAUGUCCCUGGUGGAGAUGAAAUCACUGUUCCGGAUUCAAGAUAUCAUUUCCUGUGCUAACCAGCCCAUCACUGUGGUGGAGACCAGCGCCCGUGAUGGCACGGGGCUGCCUGAUGUGCUGCAAUGGCUUCGCUCCACCCUCAAGGAUCCCAGUUGAAUUUGCUGUGUCCAGCUUUGGUGUUUCCUGCCAGCUGACGGGGGCUGACUCUGACUCCAGGCAGCUCACACCUACUCUGUCAUCAAGACUAGGAUCCAGGAGCAGUAGAGGUAGCUGAGCAGCAGUCUCAUCACCCCUCCACCUGGGAAUGAGAGCGGG